UUACACUGCCAUGUUGGAUGGAUGUAUCGAUGUUGCAGCUGGAGUUCCGAAUGAAAGUUUAGAAUUUGCACUCUGCAAAGAUUGGGGUUCCCACGGUUUAGUCAAGGCGCCUGGGUCAUGGAGGUUGUUAUCCAACAACCAGGAUCCUGAAAUAUUUCAUUUUGCAGACCUCUACCUUAGAAACAACGUCAUGAGAUGAUCCGGUUGCAGGCCAUGGCGACCAAAAGCUGCACGAAUUUGAUGUAAUGUUCAAGAGUAAAACAGUUCAUUUUGUUUAUUGAGAAGUUAUUUACGAACAUGAAUAGCCAUUCUCAGCAGCGGCGGGUUGGAAAUAUUGGCUCCAUACUCCUCACCCCGCAAGAGAACGAAUGCCUAUUCAACUACCUGGGCAGGAAAUGCAAUACCCUGUGCUCAGCGGUAGUCCAGGUGUAUGGGGCAGACAGGAGCUCAUCCUGGAUGAAGAGGUGCUGCGGAGUGGCCUGUCUGAUCAAGGAUAACCCUCUGAGGUCCUACUUCAUCAGGGUCUUUGACAUCAAGGAAGGGAAAACCAUGUUUGAACAGGAGCUCUACAAUAACUUCUCAAUCAACAGCUCUAGGUCGUAUUUCAUUUCAUUCGCAGGAGAUAACUGCCAGGUAGGCCUGAACUUCGCUAGCGAGGAAGAGGCCAAGCGAUUUAGAGCCGCACUUAACGACCUACUCGGCAGACGCCAACGUAAAACGGAGAAAAGAUGUGACCCUGCAAAUGGCCCGGCUCUCCCUAUGGCCACAGUGGACAUCAAGAACCCAGAGAUUAACAAUGUGCGCUUCCACAACUCCCAGCAGCAGCUUCCCCAGCCACACCACAUCAACAACAUGCUGCACAGCAGCAAGAAGGAGAAGAAAGUCAAGUGCAAGAGGAAGAAGCUCACUAAGGCAGACAUAGGCACCCCCAGCAACUUCCAGCACAUCGGCCAUGUGGGCUGGGACCCAAACACAGGCUUUGAUUUGAAUAACCUGGACCCAGAGCUGAAGAACCUGUUUGACAUGUGUGGCAUCUCAGAGGCUCAACUCAAAGACAAGGAGACCUCCAAGGUCAUCUACGACUUCAUCGAAAAGAAAGGAGGGGUGGAGGCCGUCAAGAACGAGCUCCGUAGGCAAGCCCCACCACCCCCUCCCUCUCGGGGAGGCCCACUUCCCCCUCCACCACCCCACAGCUCGGGCCCAGCUCCCCCACCACCACCAUUGCGAGGUGGCCGGGGUGCCCCGCCACCUCCACCCUCACGGGCCCCCACCUCGGCCCCUCCCCCACCCCCACCCUCCAGGCCUGGUGCCCUAGGAGCACCCCCUCCACCCCCGGCCCCCACCAGAGGGGGCCACCACCAGCCACCACCACCUCCUCCUCCACCCUUGCAUGCCAGCACAGCACCCCAGGCCCCACCACCACCUCCCCCACCAGCACCACCACCCUCCGGUUGUGGGGGAGCCCCUCCACCACCACCUCCACCACCCCCACCUGGACCCCCGCCCCCUCCAGAGUUGGACUGUGGUGUGCCGUUGUCCCGCUCACCCCAGGGCUCGGGGGGUAAGUCGGCCCUGCUGGAGCAGAUCCGUGGGGGCACCCAGCUGAAGAAGGUGGAGGCACCGGCCUCCAAGACACCGGACACCACUGUGGGGCGCGAUGCGCUGCUCGACCAGAUACGGCAGGGCAUCCAGCUCAAAACUGUACCAGACGGCCCAGACUCUGGCUCCCCUACACCAGCACCCUCGGCAGGCAUAGUGGGGGCACUUAUGGAAGUAAUGCAGAAGAGGAGCAAAGCCAUCCACUCCUCAGAUGAAGAUGAUGAUGAUGACGAAGAGGAUUUUGAAGAUGACGACGAAUGGGAUGACUAGUUAAGUCUUUUCUCCCCCUCCACCUGAGCACAACUGACACUAAACUGAUCCUAAAAUCUUCCAAAACCUGACUAAAAUUGUAAUGUAAAUGUUCUAUGAAUUUGGUAUAUAUUUAUUGUUGCCUUUUUAUUAAUCUGUGCAAUACCUUCAUUUAAUCUGUCAUGUUUUUUCACAUACCCUCUGUAGGGUAUCUCUGUUAACACUUUCCUGGAACUCUGUCAUAGAACGCUCACAUCGUCGUUAAAAGCAUGACAUAAAUUAUAUAAUCUGUUAUAAGGGCUCCCGAGUGGCGCAGCGGUCUAAGGCAUUGCAUCUCAGUGCUUGAGG